AUGAUCCGUUUUCCUUUGGGGAUUUGUGUCGUAUUUGUGCUGAUAUUUGGUAGGUCAUCUUGACGUGAUAAAUAAAUUUAAACAACUUUAGGAGUCUUUGGAAAAAAUGAUCUAAACAUCCCGGCUCCCCUCGAGAUCGCCGAGGAAAAUCCUGAAGUUUAUAAGGCCUACCAUUUCUUCGUCAAGUCCUUGAUUAAAAACGGCGAUUUGAAAGCCUCUCCAUGCGACGAUUUCUACAACUACACCUGCCAAAAUGCUAAUGUGGCUGAAUGGUGGACGGGUAUCGACCGAGAAAACACCGAUUUCCUUAUCCGUGGUCUCAGAAAGCAUAGGGUAAUGCUCGCUAAAAUAUGUAAAAAUAUCGUUUGGUCUUUCAGGAUGCAAGAUGGUAUCAGCCGAUGAAACGGGAAUUCGACUCUUGCGUGCAUCGGCUAAGGACACCAAACGCGAUGCAUCGGAAUGGAGACGUCUUAAGGAAGAUUUUCAACGAGAUUUUCGAAGAGUUCGGACCAAUCUUUCCGCUGUUUGAUAACCCCAAUUCGUCUCUUAAGAAAAUUAACAGCGAAUUUCUUGGAGACUUUGUUGGAUAUUUGGCGCAAAAAUUCGAGAUUCACACGUUUCUUGAAUUCAAGCUUGAAUAUGGCCGAGUACUUAUUCAGAAAUCCAAACUGGCCUUCCCGGAAGUGUAUUUUACAAAAUAUUUUGGCGAGUUUGAAAAAGAAUAUAAGCAGUCUAUGAGGGACUACUUGAUUCAACUGAAUGAAACGUUUGGCCAGAAGCUGAACGACUCAAAAUUGGAAAAGAGCAUAAACGACGUCAUAGAAUUUGAAAAGACGCUGGCUGAGAUUUUGAGCCACGAAUCUAUGGAAGAUCAGGGUGAAAAUUAUAUUGGGCAGCCCAAAAAUACCGGAUUUAUCAACCUUCAAGCUUAUUUCGACCGAAUCACUAAAAAUAUCCGGCAAGACAGCAGUUUCACAUCGAACACAUUAAAGAUUACCAUAGAAGCCCCCAGAAAGAUCGACGAAAUUCAACGCUUCCUUGCAGAGUCGAGCCCUGAAGUCAUGCUCAACUAUCUGCACAUCCGUUUAGCCAGAAGUCUCAGAAAAUACUUCCCAAGGAAACCAGUCGAAUCACUCGCCGAUCGGUGGCUGCGGGAAGGGAAAGGCGUCACGAAAACGGGUGUCAUCCCGCAUAUUCCUCUGGAGGACGAAUAUCCGGACAGCACUGACGUUGAAAGGUACUGUGCGAAUGCGUUGGGACGCUUUUAUGUAUAUAAUAACGCAAUGGACAGAGUGUUUUUGGACGAAAAGUUGCCCGACACAAAGGAAAGAAGAGAAUUCGUCAAGAGGAUAAAGAUCAUGAUCAACCGGAUUAUCACUGGAUUCAGAGUAAGUGCUGCUUUAAAAUAGGUGCUUGCAUCUAUAUGCGGUUUGUAUACAAAUAAAAUAUUUGUUUGUAUAAUAGUUCCAACUCGACCAGAUUUCAUGGCUCUCUUCGAAAGCGAUGGGUUCUGCCUUUAAAAAGCUGGAAGAAAUGCUAUUCAACGCUGUUUAUGACGACUGGAUCGAAAACGACGACAUUAUGAACAAUCGAUCUCGACCCUGGUUUCACGACGACAUCGAUGUAGACGAGGAUGAGUUUACGGCUUACCAACAUCUCCUUGAACUGAGCCAGCAGGCUAAAUGGAAAGAAUUCCUAGCCAACGAUCGAAAUGCCAAUUUUUCCGGCUCGGUGCGAAUUGUUAACGCUUGGUACAAACCAUGGAUCAACCGUUUUUUCAUUCCGUUGGGGCUUUUACAACGCCCAAUCUUUGACAUCAACUAUCCGGCAGCUGUUCAAUAUGGAGGAAUUGGCGCGGUAAUUGGGCAUGAGAUUGCUCAUGGAUUUGACGCGAAAGGAAUAAAUUACGAUGAUCAGGGAGAGAAGAGGCCAUGGAUGGAUACUGAGUCCAAACGCAAGUUCAAUGAGAUGGUCCAAUGUGUCAUUGGCGAGUACACAGGACUUCACGGAAAGGGUAAAGAUACUGGCUUUGAGGAUUUGGCGGAUAAUGCAGGUGGGUUGACUAUUGCUCGUCUUUUUUCAACAAAAACACAAUACUUUUUUAGGGCUGCGUGCCGCCUGGAACGCCUACAAGUCCGAACAGGCUCUAUGCGGCCGCAACCCUCAACUCCCAUCUUCUCCCUUCAACAAAUUCACUGCAGAUCAACUAUUUUUCUUGGCCUUUUCUCAUCACUGGUGCUCAAACUCGCCGAAACGUUAUUUUGAGUAUGAAGGUCAUUCCCCUCCGCUGUAUAGGGUCUGGGGAUCGAUUCAAAACUUUCCAGCAUUCCGAGCCGCCUUCAAUUGCCCAUCAGGAUCGGCAUAUGCCCCCAAGGAGCAUUGUGACGUAUGGGCGGGAGAAAUUGUGACAUAA